CACUGCUUCAUGCGCUGAACCGCAGGACGCUCGCUAGUGACAUACUCACCCUCAUUAUGAUCACCCCUUGAGCUUCAACAAAAACAGUGCUCUAUGUCCGCCUGAAGUCUCAGGCGUCCUCGCCGCAAGGUGUCUUAUCCUCAUCAUAACCACCAUGACGACUGUUGGCUGUAUCCGCGCACCCACCCUAUUUACGCGGUCUUUGGUUUUUACACCGUCUCAUCUUAAUCACCGUGCGGCAGAAUUCUCUCGAAGCGAUCCAACCCUAGCUUACCGUGUCCUUUCAGACCUUCGCCCAACGAUUCGAACAAGUCUUGAUCCUUCCAAGACACACUCCAGACCUUUUCACUCCUCAUCACAACGUGCUUCUACCGCCUCUUCAGCAAUGUCGGCCAUUCCUCACAUAUCUCUCCAUAUAUCGGCCUCUUCCAGCGGCAAAGGGCGCAAGUACCGUCCUGAGGCCAGCACGUUCGAUUACCACCCAACUCAAAUGGACGGCUUGGGCUUACAGCGCGGGUCGACCCAAGAGGAGAAACGAGCUAGGCGCCCUGAUAGCGGACAGGACUCGUACUUUGUGGCUCGGGUAGGAAAAGAUUCCAAAACGACCGCAUUUGCCAUAGCCGACGGAGUAGGCGGAUGGGCGGAACACGGCAUCGACCCGGCAGAUUUCUCACACGGCCUUUGCAGUCAUAUGGCCGAAAUCUCACUUUCCUGGCCCGCAGGCGAGAAACUUAGCCCUAAGCAGCUAUUGAAAGAGGGCUAUGAGAGGACUCUGCAAGAUCCUCACAUUCGGGCUGGAGGCACAACAGCAUGUGUCGGCAUCACUGAGCCUGACGGACAAAUGCGGAUUGCCAAUCUAGGAGACUCUGGUUUUCUUCUCCUUCGACUUGGCACAGUACAUACCUAUUCCACCCCACAGACUCACGCAUUCAACACUCCCUACCAAUUAAGCAUUACGCCCCGCGAAAUUCUAGAGCAAGCCAUCAUCUUCGGAGGCGUCCCGCUGAAUGACUCUCCUGACCGAGCCGACCUUUCGGAUCAAGUUCUUCGACACGGUGAUGUUCUGGUGCUAGCCACUGAUGGAGUGUGGGAUAAUCUCAGCCCCAACGAUGUCUUGAGCGUGGUGUCGGCGAAUAUGCGUCAAGCUGGAGCAUGGCUCCGAUCCCCUGAUCAAGGACUGUCCAUCUCACCCGUCCUUCCCGAGCUUGUGGACAAGUCUCUUGGGCCACAGAAGCACAAGCUUCCGGGAACUCUACAGAGCUGUAUCGCCGCCGCCAUCACCGGGGAAGCCAAAACAGCGAGUCUCAGUGCCAAACGAGACGGACCUUUCGCAAAAGAGAUGCAGAGGUACUUUCCAUAUGACCCGUGGCACGGGGGCAAAGUGGACGACAUCUCGGUGCUGGUCAUCAUCCCAGUUGACGAAAAUAAAGUUGCCGCCAGCAAGGCGAAGCUCAAAGCAAAAUUAUAGGCGCCGGCUUGUGAGAAGCGACUGUAUCAUCAUCAUUCAUAUACACGACAUUUCAUAUCAACAUAUCUAAGGGUAUUAAGUACAGCUCGACAUCAUAGCGCUGGAGUUUCUGGUCAGAAUGUUGUAUAAAAAGUACGAAAGCUUGACAUUGACAUGCAAGUUUUACGAGGGGCCAAGCGUGGAGAUGGCGACGACGGCAACGUCAUUCAUUCAUCACAAAUAUCAUAUGCAUAUCUGCUUGGGAGGUGGUCCCGCGUGGAAUGGAGGUAGAAUUGCCAGAUUUCUCGGAUGUAGGUCUAGUUGAGACAGGUGACGGUGUGUAUAGACAUAUGGGAGACCUGCCAUUAGAUCGACACAACCGGACAAUGAG